AUGCUCGAUGACGACAUUAUCGAGGAAUCUUCUAGCGAAUGGUCAAGUCCUAUUCUAUUAGUACCUAAAAAGUCUGAAAGCUCACAGAAAUGGCGUUUAGUAAUCGAUUUCCGUAAAUUAAAUGAAAACAUUGUAGAUGAUAAAUUUCCGUUACCCAACAUAACAAACAUCUUAGACUCACUAUCUGGUUCAAUUUACUUUACUCAUGUAGAUUUACAACAAGGAUACUACCAAGUAAAAUUAGCACCUGAAAGCAGAAAAUACACAGCUUUUUCAACUAGUACAGGACAUUACCAAUUAAAACGUUUACCGAUGGGUCUUAAUACUUCCUGUAGUGCUUUCAGUAGUGUCAUGUCAAUAGCAAUGUCAGGACUAGCGUUUCAGAAGUGUUUCAUUUAUUUAGAUGACCUUAUUACGUUUGGAAGGUCUUUAGCUACUCAUAACCAAAAUUUGAUAGACGUUUUUGAAAGAUUGAGGAAGGUAAAUUUAAAACUAAAUCCCGCUAAGUGUCAAUUUCUAAAAAAGAAAAUUUUAUAUCUUGGUCAUGUAGUAACCGCUGAUGGUAUAGCACCUGACCCAGAAAAAACUAAAGUUCUAGAUUAA